AUGGAAGUAAAAACUGAAAUUAAGGAAGAGUUUGAGGAAUGUCACCUAAGAUAUAUAAAUAGUCAGUUAAAUGUGCAGUUAAAUUUAUCCAGAAAUCUUGAAGAUUUGAAGAAUGAACCAGAAGACAAUUCAGCUAAGGAAAUAGAAGCUGAAAUUAAGCAAAGGCUUAUUAAAGGUGAUCCAAGAUAUAUAGAGAGUCAGUUAUCUUCAUUCACAAAUCUUGGAGGUUUGAAGAAUGAACCAGAAGAUAACUCAGCUAUGGAAAUAAAAGCUGAAAUUAAGGAAGGAUUUGUUGAUAGUGAUCUAAGAUAUAUUGAGAGUCAGUUAUCCACCACAACAGAUCUUGAGGAUCUGAAGAAUGAAUUCGAAGAUAACUCAGGUUUACAUCAGAACGAGAUUAAAACAAAAUCCGAAAAGCCUUACAAAAUACACAAUGGAGAAAAGCCUUACAAGUGCGAAAUUUGUUCUAAACAAUUUAUUCAAGGUGGGAAUUUGAAAAGUCAUUUAAGAAUUCACACUGGAGAAAAGCCUUACAAGUGCCAAAUUUGUUUUAAACAAUUUCGUGUAGCAGGCAGUUUAAACAGGCACUUAAGAAUACACAAUGGAGAGAAGCCUUACAAGUGCGAAAUUUGUUUUAAGCAAUUUACUCAAGAUGGUGAUUUGAAAAAACAUUUAAGAAUGCACACUGGUGAAAAGCCGUACAAGUGUGAAAUUUGUUUUAAGCAAUUUUCUGAAAUAAGCAAUUUGAAAAAACACUUAAGAAUACACACUGGAGAAAAGCCUUACAAGUGCGAAAUUUGUUUGAAACAAUUUAGUGAACCAGGCUGUUUAAAAAAACACUUAAGAAAGCACAAUGGAGAAAAGCUUUACAAGUGCGAAAUUUGUUCUAAACAAUUUAUUCAAGAUGGGCAUUUGAAAAGGCAUUUAAGAAUGCACACUGGAGAAAAGCGUUACAAGUGCGAAAUUUGUUUUAAACAAAUUAAUCAAAAGGGAAUAUUGACAAGUCAUUUGAGAAUGCACACUGGAGACAAGGUAUAUGUGUGAAAUUUAUGUUAAGCAGUUUACUCAUGAGAGUGCUUUUAAACAUCACGAUAGGUCACAUACUGGAGAAAAGUCUCAAAAGUGUGAAACAUGUUUGAAGGAAUUUAAUACAUUAAAAUAUUUAAAAAACCAUGUGAGGACGCACACUGGAGAAAAGCCUUACAAGUGCGAAAUUUGUUUUAAACAAUUUAUUCAAGAUGGGAAUUUGAAAAGUCAUUUAAGAAUCCACACUGGAGAAAAGCCUUACAAGUGCCAAAUUUGUUUUAAACAAUUUUGUGGAGCAGGCUCUUUAAACAGGCACUUAAGAAAACACAAUGGAGAAAAGCAUUACAAGUGCGAAAUUUGUUCUAAACAAUUUAUUCGAGAUGAGCAUUUGAAAAGUCAUUUAAGAAUCCACACUGGAGAAAAGCCUUACAAGUGCGAAAUUUGUUUUAAACAAUUUAUUCAAGAUGGGAAUUUGAAAAGUCAUUUAAGAAUCCACACUGGAGAAAAGCGUUACAAGUGCCAAAUUUGUUUUAAACAAUUUAGUGUAGCAGGCAGUUUAAACAGGCACUUAAGAAUACACAAUGGAGAAAAGCCUUACAAGUGCGAAAUUUGUUUGAAACAAUUUAGUGGAGCAGGCUCUUUAAACAGGCAUUUAAGAAUACACAAUGGAGAAAAGCCUUACAAGUGCGAAAUUUGUUUUAAACAAUUUAUUCAAGGUGGGUAUUUGAAAAGUCAUUUAAGAAUCCACACUGGAGAAAAGCCUUACAAGUGCCAAAUUUGUUUUAAACAAUUUAGUGUAGCAGGCAGUUUAAACAGGCACUUAAGAAUACACAAUGGAGAAAAGCCUUACAAGUGCGAAAUUUGUUCUAAACAAUUUAUUCAAGGUGAGCAUUUGAAAAGACAUUUAGGAAUCCACACUGGAGAAAAGCCUUACAAGUGCCAAAUUUGUUUUAAACAAUUUAGUGUAGCAGGCAGUUUAAACAGGCACUUAAGAAUACACAAUGGAGAGAAGCCUUACAAGUGCGAAAUUUGUUUUAAGCAAUUUACUCAAGAUGGUGAUUUGAAAAAACAUUUAAGAAUGCACACUGGUGAAAAGCCGUAUAAGUGUGAAAUUUGUUUUAAGCAAUUUUCUGAAAUAAGCAAUUUGAAAAAACACUUAAGAAUACACACUGGAGAAAAGCCUUACAAGUGCGAAAUUUGUUUGAAACAAUUUAGUGAACCAGGCUGUUUAAAAAAACACUUAAGCAUGCACAAUGGAGAAAAGCUUUACAAGUGCGAAAUUUGUUCUCAACAAUUUAUUCAAGAUGGUCAUUUGAAAAGGCAUUUAAGAGUGCACACUGGAGAAAAGCCUUACAAGUGCGAAAUUUGUUUUUAAACAAAUGAAUCAAAAGGGAAUAUUGACAAGUCAUUUGAGAAUGCACACUGGAGACAAGGUAUAUGUGUGAAAUUUAUGUUAAGCAGUUUACUCAAGAGAGUGCUUUUAAACAUCACGAUAGGUCACAUACUGGAGAAAAGCCUCAAGAGUGAUUUUUCAGCAAUUUCAAGCAAUUCAGUGAAGCAGGAAGAAUUUAGGAAUAAAUAUUUUAUAAAAUUUACAUAUUUG